UGAGAGACGUCAUAAACAUGCGACUAAAUGUCCUAUGCACUUGUUUAGCCCAAAGCCAGUAGGACUGACUCACAUGGGUUAUGUAUAUAUUGAGGGCAAAAUAACAGCACGCUCAUUUUAUUUAGAUAAAUUAAUGAACUCUAUCUAUUAAACGUAAACGAUGCAUCGUGUUUUCUGCUCGCGGUGGGUUUUAUCCGGGCUGUCACUGACAGCUGGCAUAGGCAUCGGCGCCACCUUGACAGCAGCCAGGGACACGAGCCACAGGGGUGGACUGCUGGACCGCGUGCCGGUCAUCCCGAUACCGAGCGUCGACGCAGCGUCAGAGAUCAACACGUACCAACCGGGACAGGUCGCUGUAAGCAAAUCUACAGCUGUGAUGAAGUACGGCUUCCCUUCCCUGUCCAACAUCAAGAGCAGAGAGUCUUACGUAACCUCAUACGACCCCAGAAACAGGACUGCAGCGUGGGUUAUAGAGCAGCUCAACGUCGAGACGAUAACCGGGACAUCGGACAGAAAGUUCUGUGAUUUUAAAGAGGACGACUCGGUUCAUGUUUACCACAGAUCGAGCAAUGCUGAUUACAAGGGUAGUGGGUUUGACAGGGGUCAUCUGGCUGCAGCAGCCAAUCACAAGUGGAGCCAGAAAGCCAUGGAUGACACCUUCUACCUGAGCAAUGUGUCGCCACAGAAUCCCCAUUUAAACCAAAACGCAUGGAAUAACUUGGAGAAAUAUUGUCGCUCUCUCACCAAGCAUUACCAGAAUGUCUUUGUGUGCACUGGACCACUCUACUUGCCCCGACAGGAACCUGACGGGAAAAUGUAUGUGAAGUAUCAGGUUUUGGGAAAGAACCAUGUAGCUGUGCCGACUCACUUCUUUAAGAUUGUGAUUCUGGAAAAGCCAAGAGGAGACGUGGAGCUGCGCUCCUAUGUGAUGCCCAAUAUGCCAGUUGAUGAAAAGAUCCCACUGGAACGCUUCCUGGUCCCCAUUGAGAGCAUCGAGAGAGCGUCCGGACUGCUGUUCGUACCAAACAUCAUGAAGAGGACCAGUGGUCUGAAAGCCAUUACUGCAGGGCCAUGAUGAGUUUACAGUGAUUACUGAGGGGGAAUGGAAAAUAAAUACCUCAAAAUGCUCAUUAUGUCACUGUUAAACAUUCAUAAAGUUACUGGAGAUAUUAUUUAAUUUUCAAGAUAUGUGGAAAAACUACGGAGACAGAUCAUAUCAAUCACUGGCAGUAAUUAUCAUUGUCUAAUGUUGUAUUGUUAAUAGAGAUCUUGUACCUGUACUGUUUUUUUAGAUGUCAGCCAAAAACAGGGUUUUUAACAUGAAUUAAUUCUGAGCCAAAACUCAGUGUGAAAUUGGAUUUUAAUUUAAACUGUGAAAUUUAAUUUGUACUACUGGAAAUAAAAAAUGUGCAAUCCUU